AUGGCCUUCCGACACACACUCGCGAGGCUCGCACCCCCGAAACUCGACAAAUGGCUCUUGCGCCAGUAUCGCGACCCCGAGGUGCGGAAACACCUAGGCCUCAAGACGGCGUAUCGCGGGCGCGGGGCAUACACGCUCCUGCAGCUGAACCACAAUUACGAGAGGUUUCUGGACAAGAAACAUAUCACCGCGGUUAUUGACCUGGGAGCGCACCCUGGCACGUGGAGCCAGGUCGUGGCUGGUAAGCUCGGAUGGUGCCCUGAGCCGCCGAAGGCGCCAUAUCUAGAGAAUCGGGCGAGAAGGCGGCGGAGGGGAAGAAGGGGAAGGAGGAGGAAGGUGUGUCCUGGAGCGAGUCAGUUCCAACACAGUUUCCUUCGUUGA